AUGGAGUUUUCGGCUCGAGAUGCACGCAGUGUGUCAGGCGAAGGGAGAGAGGUCGGGUCGUCCAGUGGCAGUGGCAGUGGCAGAAACGGAGAGCCCAAGCCACCAGUCUUUGCUGACGGCUCCGACAAAAGGGUCGUGUAUCUGUCUCACCUGCUCUCUCCCUUCUCCUUGACCUCCGUGUGGGAUACAGCGCUGAAGGUACAAGGCCUUUUUCUCUCACUGGCGCUUCCCUCCCCGUGGGAGCCCACAGCUGUGGGGGUUAGUCUGCGUGUGCGUCAAGCUUUGAGGACGCCAAGAGCAUGGGUGUUGCUGGGGUUAGGCUCCCUCAAUGCCUUUGCCUGUGGUCUGCUGCUCGCACAUUGGCGCCUGGCGACAGUGCAGCGUGGCAAGGUGGACUCCGCUGCGCAUGUUGCCGCGAACACGGCAUUUGCUGCUGUUUUGGGGAUUAUGGCGCCUGCGUUUUGGGGAGCCUUCACAGCGAGCAGCAGUUCCUUCGCUGCUGCGGUCCUGAAUCAGUUCUUGGGGGUGGUGGCUUGCGGCUGUGCUGCUGCUGCUCCUUCGGGAGGAAGAGGCUUCAGUUCAGUAUCCCUUGGAUUUUUCCUGUGCUAUUUCGUGGGAAGCAUUGCGACGCUGUCUCGCUUCGUCGCCAUUGCCUUCGGCCCUCACAGAAUGGCAUUUCUGUUGUUUUUGUACAGCAGUGUGUGCACGUCUGUGGGCUUCCUGGGGGCUGCGUUGGCAGCCCAGUUCUGCCUGCCUCUCCAAGGAGGGUGGUCCAUUCUUUUUGGAAGCGCUGCUGCUGGGCUGGUGGCGUCGCUUGCCUCCUUUUUGGCGGCAAGGUGUCACAAAAAGAGAUACGGGAGAAUCUUAGAUUUGCCGUGCGCCUAUCAUUUCAAGUUCCGAGACGCCGAGGGGCCCGAAGGGGAGUCAGGUGCGAAAAAAGCUCCCAAAGGUUGGGUUGGGUUGCGUUCGGGGAAAACCACGCGAAAAGUUUCGUUUGCAUGA